AUGGCUCUUCCGGCCAAACGGAGACCUCCACCUGCUGCUUCCUCCUCUACUGGUUGGUAUCACAGGACUCGACAUCUUGCAUCGUUUUCCAGUGUUCCUCAAUACGUGGAUUUUGGUGACUGUAGCUGCGUUUGUCAAUUAUGUGGUGCAUAUUUAUGGUAUGUUGAAAGGGUGAUUAAGCUUUCCACGUCUGGUCAUUCGAGGUAUAAUAAUUGUUGUCGGGAUGGGGGUGUAGUGCUUCCUUACCCUUCUAGGUUUUCCCUUGAAUUCGUUGACCUCUAUCAAAAUGCACACUUUUUUAAGGAUAUUAAGGCCUAUAAUAGGAUGUUUUGCAUGACUUCUUUUAGGGCGAAUGUAGAUGAGGGUGUGAAUCAUAAUCGGGGUCCUUAUGUUUUUAAAAUAUUGGGUCAGAUUUGUCAUAGGAUAGGAUCACUGAUCCUGUUCUUCUAA